CAGUGCUAGUCGCGUGUUCAAUUCAUUUAUUUUAACUUAAUUUACAAUAAUUUUUAAGUUUUACUGAUCAGUGAUCAAAUUUUUGGUACAAAUAUAAAUUAUUAGUAGCAUAUUGAAGGAGAUGAGUCAUGAAAAUGGACGAAGGAAGCAAGUACAAGUGUCGGAAAAGACUGAAAUGUCUUAUCUCUUAGACAAUAAAUCGAACGGGAUGGCAGAUAAAAAUAAACAGGGUGAAUAUUAUUCGAGACCAGCGAAAUUGGGCAAAUGGGAAGGCUUCAAACAAUUUCUAUGGAAUAGUGAGACCAGUGAGAUGCUUGGCAGGACGGGAGGAAGUUGGGCCAAAAUUCUUCUAUUUUAUGUGAUCUUUUAUGCCGUUCUCGCUGGUUUCUUUGCUGCAAUGUUGGCUGUGUUCUAUCAAACUCUCGAUGAGAACAAACCGAAAUGGCAAUUGGAUAAUGGCUUAAUCGGAUCAAACCCCGGAUUAGGAUUCCGUCCAAUGCCUCCAGAGUCGAAUGUUGAAAGUACGCUCGUGUGGUUUGAGGCAUCAAAGGACGAGAAUAUUGAAUAUUGGAUUGGAGCUAUCGAUGAAUUCUUGGAUGUGUACAAGAAGGCAGAUGAAGACACAAGAGCACAGUCAAAUCGAGUAGAUUGCACUCCAGAUACUCCUCCAAAAGACGGUAAAGUUUGUCGAGUUGAUACGACAUCAGCUAAAUUUGGAGCUUGUACAAAGGCUAAUCAGUAUGGAUAUAGCAAAGGAUCUCCAUGUGUAUUCCUCAAGCUUAACAAGAUUUACAACUGGGUUCCACAGUAUUAUAACAAGACUAGCGAACUGCCUAAUAAUAUGCCUGAGGACUUGAAAACUUUAAUAGAAGGAUUUGAUGAAAAUGAUAAGAAACACGAAGUCAUCUGGGUCUCAUGCGAAGGAGAGAAUCCAGCAGAUAUUGAAAAUUUGGGACCUAUCAACUAUAUUCCUGAACGUGGAUUUUCAGGAUACUAUUUCCCAUUCUUAAAUCAAAAGAACUACUUGCCACCAGUUCUUGCCAUCAACUUUGAACGUCCAAAGACGGGUGUUCUUAUCAACAUUGAGUGCAAAGCAUGGGCACGAAACAUUAAUCACGACAGAGCUGAACGUAGAGGAUCUGUUCAUUUUGAAUUGAUGGUCGAUUAAAUUAUUAAUCGAGAGGCGAAGCAAAUUUAAAUUUAUAUAAUUUAUUAAUGAGCGUUUAGAUGGUUUAGAAAGAGGAAUGAAAGUAACUGGAUAGAUAUCAUGCGAGAGAAAGGUAAUGUUGACGUUGGCAAUAAUAAGAAUGUUUAGUAAUUGAAAAAUAAAACCACACACGAAUGUUUUAGUUUAAAAAAUUUUAAAAAAAUGCUGCUAAUUAGCAAGAUAAAAAAAAAUAAGUAAAUUAUUGAGUAAUUUAGAAAAGAACAAGCAAAUUGAAUCCAUUGCGCAUUAAUUAAUUAUUAAUUAAGUAAAUGAUAAGAGACAGACACUUAUUAAAUGUUAAUCGAUUAUUAAAUUAUUUAAUUGAAAGAAGAAAAAAAGUUUAAAAACACAAAACAUUUGAUGUUUAUAUUACUUACCACCCAUAAUUUAAUACAGCCUCCCAAAACACACACACGACAUGAAAAAUGGAUAAUUGAUUAACAUUACCCUAUUUUUUGUGUACGACGAAAACAUGAUAAAAAUAAUUAAAAUAAUCAACACGAGCGACAUGAAAUGGUGGUUGCAAAGUUGUGUGACAGUUGUGUGACAAAAUGUUUGUGAUUAUCGUGUUGUCACGACAUGGCUUGAUAUGUUGAUGGGAUUUUAGAUCAUCAAGAUUGUAGAUGAUUGGCUUUAAAAACUGUUAACUUAAUUUUUACGUACGUAUUUGAUAUGUAAAAAAUUUACGUGCGUAAUUGAUAUGUAAAAUCUUAAGCGUUACAUUACAAUUAUCAUCUACACAACAGCAACACAGAUUCCAUGUCAUUUCAAUGUGAUUCUCAUUUGUGAAUGUCACACGAAUGUCAUUCUGCUAUGCAUCUCCAAUUCUUUCGAGUCGCUUGUGUUAGAAUAAAAAUAAUAAUAUAAAAAAAUGAUAAUGCAAAACUUUUAAUUAUAAAAAUAGGUGAAAAAUCAAGUAAAAUAAUGCAAACUUUGUGUUCUCAUCGUUCUCUUGGCUAUCCUAUAGACUAAUGUAAUUAGUCACUAAAUGAAAACAGCCGAAUUUCAUUUUAAUUUGUAAAUUAAAGAUUAAAAAAUUAAGCAUAAUACAAGGAAGUAAAAAAAGAAAAGAAAUGAAACUUAGAAAAUAAUAUCUAAAUUACUAAUGAUGCAAGAUAAAUAAAGUAUUUUGUCGAUAUUUGUUGUUGAUGUUUGUCACAAAAAAAAUUUUGAAUGAAUUUUAUUUUACUAUGAAGAGGAUGAACGUCUAAUUAAGUCAAUUUAAGUUUUAAUGAGAAAUAGGACGUGAGCUGCACAUCAUCGAAGUGGCAGUAAUGCUGUGUAGCUUAGGAUAUAGAUUCAGAAAGACAUGUUAUUAGAGGAAAAAAUUGGGUAUAUCCGUGAAACCUUAAAACUAUAUUAUUUAGUCAUACAAUGAUUACCAUAAAUAAUUAACAAGACGAAAAAAAGUUUAUAUUUAUUAAUAAUUGUUAUCAUUUCCUCUCUUAGUUCAUAAUAGCACACAGCGAAUAAUUAAGUAGUUAAAAAAUUUGCCAUUAAAGUGAAAUUUUAAAUUCAUUAAAGGACGUGAAAACAAGCUAUUUCAAUUAAAAAAAAAUGAAGAAGCAUUAAAACUCAAAUUUGAGUUACUCUGUAACUUCUCCUCGUUUUUCCGCUCUCCCCACAAUUUUCCUGGCUUUAGCGAACAAAUGAAUAAAUAAGAAAAACAAUGAAAUAAAGUUUCAAUUAAAAAAUUGGGAA